AUGCAGAUACGCGAGACGUAUAUUCAUUAUGUGAAUAAACUUAUUGAUUUCCUUGGUCAUGUGGAACCUGGACUACAAAUUCCGUCAUUGAAAAUUCUACUUGAUUUAUUAAAAAGCGAAUCUGCGUUUCUUACCUUUUCGGCGGGAUCAUGUCAAUUCUCUAAUAACCAUUUCUUUCGCGUUGUUGAGGGUCUUUUGGAUAACGAGAAUUUUAGUGAACCACUAAAAAAUGAGUUUGUCGAAAAGUAUUGGAAUGUUUAUGAUGAUUUGAGAUUUUAUUUUCUAAAGGAUGCUGCUAAAAUUAUUAAUUUACUAUUAGACAGCGGUACAGCGAAAGAUCAAUCAGGUCCGAGUUUGAAGAAAAGAAAAAUGCAAGAAAAACCAGACAGCAAAAAGUUGAAUAGGUUGAUGGAAAAUACAUUUUCGAUUCUGGAUAAUUUGAGAACUAUGCCGACUGAUGAAUCUGAAAUUGAUGGAUUUUGGAUUGGACAUCCUGCUCCUGAUGAUAUCAAAUUACCAAUAAUUCUCCGACUACAAGAACACAAACGAGUAUUCUCUGAAUGUUGGUUAUCCUUGUUAAAAUUACCAAUGACACUUGAUUCGUACAAAAAAAUCUUAUUGAUUAUGCACAAGAAAAUCAUUCCGCAUAUGUUACAACCACCAUUGUUGAUGGACUUCUUGACAGACUCUUAUAAUGCUGGUGGCGUUGUGAGUAUAUUGGCUCUGAACGGUCUGUUUACAUUGAUUCAUGAACAUAAUUUGGAUUACCCAGAUUUUUAUAAGAAACUGUACGGACUGUUUGAUCGAAAUCUAAUGCACGUUAAAUAUCGAUCGCGUUUUUUCCGUCUUGUCGAUUUGUUUCUUGCAUCUACACAUCUUCCCAUUCAACUAAUCGCAGCAUUCAUCAAACGAAUGUCACGAUUAUCAUUGACGAGUCCACCGCACGGGAUCGUCAUUUUGAUUCCGAUGAUAUAUAAUUUGAUGAAGAGGCAUCCUGGGUGUAUGCAAUUAAUUCAUCGAAGUAAUAAUAAUCAUGAAAUAGUAGCAGAAAAUAAUGACCCGUAUAAUUUCGAUGAAAAAGAUCCAAUGGAAAGUGGCGCUAUUGAUAGUUCUUUAUGGGAGAUAAAGACUCUCCAAGAUCACUAUUACCCGAACGUAGCAACGCUAGCAAAAAUUUUCGAAGAGCAGUUCACUAAACCGUCUUAUAAUCUCGAAGAUUUCCUUGAUCAUACCUAUACAACGAUAUUCGAAACAGAAAUCAAACGAAGUAUCAAAAAGCUGAAUACUAACAACAGCAAUAAUAGACCUCCAGCUCUUGCUUUUGAAAAACCGAAAUAUUUGUUUCCCUCCUACAAUCAUAGUGUUAAUAAUAAUGAUGAAAUCAACAACGAUGAUAUUUGGAAAAUGUGGGAAUUUUGA